AAAUGAAUAUGACUUGCCAUAGUACUCACCUCUGCAAUUAUUGACCUCAGAGAGCUUGGGUCUUGAUAAUUAUAUGAAUUCGCUUGUAUGAUAAAUUAACUGGCGUUUUUUUAUUAUCUUAUAUGUACAGGUGAAAAAAAGAGCCCACUUGUUAAAGGUCUCAUCCCUCCUGGCGUUUUUCUUCUUGUUGUAUUUGUCAUAGCUACAUAUUUUGCCCACAGAUCCAAAAUUUUAAAGAAAGAGGAUCAACUAAAGGUUGAAAGAUUUUUAGAGAACUACAGAGCUCUCAAGCCUACAAGGUACACAUAUGCGGAGAUAAAGAAAAUUACUCAUAAUUUGAAGGACAAACUAGGCCAAGGAGGUUAUGGAACUGUUUUCAAGGGAGAGCUCUCCAAUGAUGUGCCUAUUGCAGCCAAGAUCCUCAACAACUUCACAGGAAAUGGUGACGACUUCAUCAAUGAAGUGGGAACGAUAGGUACGAUCCACCAUGUCAAUGUGGUUCGCUUGGUUGGAUAUUGUGCUGACGGGUAUAAAAAGGCUCUUGUUUACGAGUACAUGCCCAAUGAUUGUCUAGAGAAGGUCAUAUCAUCUGAUCAUAAAAAAACUUCACUUGGUUGGGAGAAACUCCAAGAUAUUGCUCUUGGCAUAGCCAAAGGAAUUGAUUAUCUUCACCAAGGGUGUGAUCAAAGAAUCCUUCAUUUCGAUAUUAAGCCUCAUAACAUCUUGUUAGACAAAAAUUUCAUCCCAAAAAUCUCUGAUUUUGGGCUAGCCAAGUUGUGCUCGAAAGAACAAAGCAUCGUAUCCAUGACAGCUGCUAGAGGAACCGUGGGUUAUAUUGCACCAGAGGUGUUCUCUAGAAACUUCGGUAAUGUGUCACACAAGUCAGAUGUCUAUAGUUUUGGAAUGUUGUUGCUUGAAAUGGUUGGAGGGAGGAAGAAGAACAUUGAUGUUCGUACAGAAGAAAAUAGUGAAGUUUACUUUCCUGAAUGGAUUUAUAAUCGUUUAAAUCGCGAAGAAGUAAAUAACAAUGAAGUUGAGGAAGGUGGAGAUGCCAAGAUUGUUAAGAAGCUAACAAUUGUAGGACUUUGGUGCAUUCAGUGGUACCCAGGAGACCGACCCUCAAUGAAAGCUGUGGUUCAAAUGCUCGAGGGAGAUGGAAAGACUUUGGCCAUGCCCCCAAAUCCCUUUUCUACCACCAGUCAGUCAAUUACAAGGGGAAACAUGGGCGGAAGGCAUUUUAGCAGUGUGUUAGAGAUCAUUUCUGAAACCGAUUGAGAGAAGUGUUGCUCAAUAAUUGGUUGGUGUUUUUAGGAGAGUCUAAUGCACUGUCUUUUGUUUGUAAGUAUCAUGAUAGAAGUUUGUACUCAUCUACUGUUGUAUCCUUAAUCCAAUAAUAUUUACGAGCGAUAGAAUAAACUCGAGAUUGCUUUUUCGAAGUUA